AUGCCACAUAAUGCAUAUUUUGCAGCUCGAGAUUAUACAAAACCAGCAAUUGAUCGCCGCAUUGCUGAAUUAUUAAAAAGAAGAGUUGGUAUAGAAGAACCUUUAGAAAGUUUACAAGAUUUACUUGCUAAAUAUAAAGAGAAACGAAAUGCAAGACAAGCAUUGCUUAAACCAACACAUAGACAUGUUUUGGAAGUUGCUGCUUUCAUUUUAAAUGUAAAUCCUGAUAUUUUAGAAGAAGGAAUUAUUGAUAAAGAUGAAUAUAUCAAUGUUUUUGACAAUUUUUUUCUUAAAAAUGGGAAGAAUGCAAUUCUUAUACAUUUUCAACCAAUGGAACCACCUCCAUUUGGUAUCAUAAAAAAAUUACAUUUUUAUUAUAUUUGUUAAUUUAAUUGUUGAAUAUAAUUAAUAUAAAAAAAAAAAUAUGAAAAACUAGACUCAGGACGUUGGAUUCCACAUGAUG